UGCAGAUCAUUUCACAGUUUAUAGGUGGGACCGUCUUCCUCCUGCUCAGAUCUGCAGAACUUUUCAACCCGACAACAGAAGAUUUCUGAUUUGGGAACUACCAUGGCACAGAACAGAAACUAUUCAUCCAGAUUUGAGGAGAUUUUCUCCAGUAGUGAUCUAGUUUGUUCAGGACCUCCUACUGUCUACCAGCUGAGAACAAAGAAACAGAAGAUUGGAUCUCUGACCUCAGUAACUGUUGGAGAAAAACAAGAAACCAAACCAAAUAAAACCAUCUUACUGGUUGGUGAAGCAGGAACAGGAAAAUCUACUCUGGUUAACGCUCUGUUCAACUACGCUGUGGGAGUGAAGUUUGAGGAUGAAAUCUGGUUUCAGGUCGUUGAUGAGAACAAGGAAAGUAGAGACACAGGAAGUCAGACAUCAGACGUGAUCGUCUAUCAGAUCUUUGGUUUUGAGAAUCAAACUCUGCCGUUCUCUCUGACCAUCAUCGAUACUCCUGGAUAUGGAGACACACAGGAUGUCGAACAUAAUAUCAGGAUCAAUCAGAAAUUAAUGGAGUUAUUCCAAUCAGCUGAUGGAAUCCAGGAAGUUCAUACAGUUGGUCUGGUGAUGAAGGACAGAAAGAAUCCAGUCAAUGACCGACUGAAGUACAUCUAUGAUUUUAUUAAGUCUCAGUUCGGAAAAGAUGUGGAGAAAAACAUCGUAGCUCUGAUGACAAACUCACAGGGAAAUCCACCUAAAAAUGUUCUUCAAGCUCUGGAAGCUGCAAAUAUUAAAUGUGCCAAAAACGAGAAGAAACAACCAGUUCACUCCCAGUUUGAUAACCGCCAGGAUGAAGAACGAACAGAAGAUACAGAAGUACCUCUAGAAAAUGCUUGGAGAGUAACAGAAAGAGGAAUGAAACGGUUCACAGCCUUUCUAGAAAACUCUCCACCUCUCCAGCAGAAGGUCGUGAUGGAAGUUGAGAAAGAAAGGAUCAGACUGACGGCCUGCAUCCAGAACCUGCAGGAGAGAAUCAGGUUCACUGAGCUGAACCUGAGAGAUGUGGAACGAACUCAAGAGGCUCUUUGUAUUAACAAACAGAAGAUGAAAAGGUCUAAAAAUUUUAAUGUACUUAUUCCUGAGACCUACAAAGGAAUGGAGCCUCUUAGAGAUGAAACAUGUGGUUCAGACACAGCUGUCAUCUGCCUGGGUUGUAAGGAGAACUGUCACUAUCCUGGAUGCACAAAGGCUUUAAAUGCUCAACAAUGUGAAGUGAUGAUAAAUGGAAAAUGUACUUCAUGCACCAACAAGUGUCCUGCAUCAGAACAUGUGAAAAAAAACUGGCAAUUUGUGAUCAGGACCCAGAUGGUUGAGAGGAAUAAAGAAGCCCUGAAACAACAAUAUAAACAGAAACAGGAAGCAGGAGAGAAGAAGGUGAAGCUUUCAGAAAGACUUGAAAAGGAGAAAACAAAGCUGAGGGCAGAGAAGAGACAAUUAGUAAAUGAAGCGUAUAGACAUUCGAUCAAGCUUUCUGUGUUAGUUAAGAAUGAUGAUUCAAUUGAUGAUUCAAUUUCCAAUUAUGUCAUCUUGGACUUCCUUAUCAAGAAGAUGAAAGGACAAGGAGAUGAAGAAAAGUUGCAAGAACUGGAGGAAAUAUACAACCAAAUGGAUCAGGCAACCAGAACAUCACAGAAACACAGAAUGGCAAUUACCUCAUCUAAUCAGGAGGCUUUGAUCUCAGAAAGUGUUCAGAUCCAUGAAGGACCUCCUGCUGUCUACCAGGUGAUACCAAAGAAAGAGAUGAUGGGAACUCUGAGCAGACUGACGGUUGGAGAGGAAGAUGAGAUGAAGACCAAUAAAACCAUCUUACUGGUUGGUGAAACUGGAACAGGAAAAUCUACUCUGAUCAACGCUCUGUUCAACUUCGCUGUAGGAGUGAAGUUUGAGGAUAAUGUCUGGUUUCAGAUAGUAGAGGAGGACAAGAAAAACUAUCAAACAGAAAGUCAGACAUCAGAUGUGAUUGUCUAUCAGAUCUUUGGUUUUGAAGGUCAAACUCUGCCGUUCUCUCUGACCAUCAUCGAUACUCCUGGAUAUGGAAGCACCAGAGGGAUUGAAGAAGAUAACUCUGUCAGUCGAAGAUUGUUGGAUUUGUUUCGAUCAGAGGAUGGAGUUCAUCAGAUCAAUGCAGUGGGUCUGGUAAUGAAGGCCAGUGAUAACAGACUGAGUGACCGACUAAGAUACAUCUUUGAUUCAGUGACGUCUCUGUUUGGAAACGACCUGGAGAGAAACAUUGUAACUCUGAUCACUCACUCUGAUGGAAAAACACCUGAAAAUGUUCUUCAGGCUCUGGAAGCUGCAGAUAUUAAAUGUUCUAAAGAUGAGAUGAAUCAACCUGUUCACUUCAUGUUUAAUAACCAGCAGAGGCAACAGAGAUACACAGAGAAAGAUAUAAAUGCUUCAAAAUACUCCUGGGACUUUACAAAUGAAGAAAUGGGUCAUUUGAGAGACUUUCUGAAAAACACCAAACCUCAACCACUGAAAACAACAGUGGAGGUUCUGAAUGAACGGAUCAGACUGACGGCCUGCAUCCAGAACCUGAAGGAGAGAAUCGAGCUGAAUGAACAGAAACAGAAUGAAAUAAAACAGAUUAAAGAAGCUUAUAAUAAACAUGAAGCUGAGAUGAAGAAGAACAAGAACUUCACUAUAGACGUUGAUGAGCCGUACAAAGAAACAGAAACAAUUAGGGGAGGAAAGUGGGGGUUGGUGUUUUUAGAAGGAGCCGUCACCUGUAAUAUUUGUAAGGAGAACUGUCACUACCCUGGAUGCACAAUGGCCCGGAAACCAGCACACUGUAAUGUCAUGAAGUGGGGUCGCUGCACAAUAUGUACCAACAAGUGUCCUGAAACAGUUCAUGUCAAAGAAAACUGGAAAUAUGUGACAAAGACCAGAAAAGUUCCGAAGACCCUGAAUGAUGUGAAGGCAAAAUAUGAAAAAAAUAAAGCAGAAUGUGAGAAAAAGUCAACUCUUUUGGAAAACCUUGAAAAGGAAACCAGCAAACUGACAACAGAGCGGUGGACGCUGCUGGAUGAGGCCUACAGUUGUGUUACCAGACUGGAAGAUAUUGCGCUCAACAUUAAUUCAGCAUCCACUUUUGUUCAUUUGGACUUUUUGAUUGUGAAAAUAAAGGAAAAAGGAGAACAAAAGAAAGUUGAAGUGCUAGAAAAGCUGAAGAACAGGAUGAAUGAGGGUUUAAAACCUCCGAAAAAAUAGACUUCCUAACUAGAUGCCUGAGCCACCUCAACUGGCUCCCCUCCAUGUGUAGGAGCAGUAGCUCUACUCUGAGUUCCUCCUGGAGCUUCUCACCCCAUCUCUAAUGGAGAACCCGGAUACCCUGCACAGGAAACUCAUUUCAACCACGUAUAUCCAUGAUCUGGUUUUUUCAGUCACCACCCAGAGCGCUUGACCAUAGAUGAGGGCAGGGACAUAGAUUGAAACAUCAAAAGAAAACAUCAAAAGUUUUUCUUUUGGCUCCGCUUUGUCUUCAUCACAGACCAGUGCAAAGCCCACAUCACUGGCACCAAUCCGCCUGUUGAUUUCCUGCUGCAUUUUUCUCUUAUUUGUGAACAAGACCCCAAGAUACCUAAACUCCCUAACAUGGAAAAGGCACGCUACCUUUUUCUGGCUGAAGACCAUGGUCUCAGGUGUGAAUCUACUGAUUCCCAGCCCAGCUUCUUCACACUCUGCUCUAGCAAAUGCUGCAGAUCACAAUCCAAUGACCAACAGAACAACAUCAGUGGCAAAAAAUAGAGAUAUAAUCCAAAAGCCACCAAAAUUGAUUCCCUUUUAUCCAUAAGGACGAUGAACAGAAUUUGUGACAGAAGGUAACUUUGCCAGAUUCUCACUAGAUUCGACGUACUGCCAGAAAUGCAGACCAAACUCUGACACCAGUCAUAAAAGGACCUAACAGCCCAUAGCAAGAUACCUGGUACCUCAUAUUCCCAAGGUAAACCCCACAGGAUUCCCCAAACAACAGUCAACUGCAUUUUCCAAGUUCACAAAACACAUUCAGACUAGUUGGGAGAACUCCCAGGCACCCAUAAUGAGCCUGCUGUGGGUUUAGAGCUGGUGAAAUGUGCCAGCCAGUUGAAAAAAGACUCGCAGCAGAAGAUUCUCACAGCAGACACAGAUCCUAUCCUCUCUACAUCCACUUUGAUGACAACAAAGUCAAUCAACGUACUGAAGCCAAAGGUUUGUUAGUACAAAAAGCACCUGCAAACCUUUGCAAGCAUGUUGGACACCAUUACACUUGUCCAAUGUGUUCAUUAUGGACAAUCCAUGACAGGCACAUAAGUCCAGUAGCAAAACACAGUUUGGGUUCAGAUCUCCAAUAACUAAUGUCCAGAUCUCUCUGCCGUUGCCCAUGUUGGUGUUGAAUUGCCUCAGUAAAGACGAAGUCCCACCAGGAGUGUCUGUGACGUCUUCUCCUAAUUUAACACAAGUUUUACACACAAAGUUAACACUGAAGAUUCUGCUUGUUUGUUCACAUAUGAGAUCAGAAUUACAUAUUUUAGUUGAUCAGAUGGAAAUACUUGGAUCAUUUUAUUGUUUUAAACUUCUUUGUAUUGUGAUAUGUCAAGAUGAGGUGAGUUCUCCACUAUUCCUAAUUUUGAAUUGUUCAUACAAUUAAAGAAGGUUGUGUUUUGUAUUUUUCUUAUAUUUUCAUUAUGUUAAUAAUUUGUUGUUUAUUCUGUGUUAAGCAUUUUAAUUUUUAAACAGUGUGAGAAGCAGAAGUAAUCUGAUUAUUAAGUUGAAUAUGAAUUGCAUGUUUUUAUGUUGAGUUUAUUUCAAGUCUACAAUGAAACUGAUAAAUCAGCAAAGGGACGAUUCUUAAUAAUGAAUUUGAUUAAUGCUCAUUUUAAAGAUGAUUUUUCAAUGCUUUUGAAAAUAGUUGAGAGAAGAAAAGGCACUAACAUUUUGGGAAAUAUAUAGACCAAAUAUGCAUCUUUUACACGUUUAGCUUAAUAGGCUGAAGUUCUAUUCUAAAUUUAUUGGAGAUGAUCAGAGUUUUGGUUUUAUUAAAUAUUUUUAUGAAAGUUUUGGAAUGAUUUUUGAUUCUUUGUUGGAAUUACCAUUGAGUACUUUCUUCCUUUUGGGUUUUUGAGUGAUCAAGGAUUAAUCAACUACCACAGGAAAACAACCCUAACCCUAACCCACUUACUGGUUACUGGUUGAACUGCCUUGUUGCUGAAAAUGUGCUAUAUAAAUAAAAUUACCAUACCUCUCUCUUUCUACGACCAGUUAUUUCAGUAAAUUUCAUCUGCCUCAGCCUUUAGAGACAGAAAGUCAAAUAUUAUUUGGUGAUGUUUACAUGUUAUCUAAUCUUUCUCAGCUGUUGAAUUGAGUUGUGUGUUUUACCUGCUAAAGCUUUACAAUAAAGAACAAAUAAAAUAAGAA